CAGUGCUUAUGCGAAUAAUACUACCCAGUUCACCAUUCACGCUCAGUCCAUAAACUUCUGUAAUAUAUAUAUAACUUAAAUAUAUGUGCGAGACACACUGUUACCAAUUAAUAGCUAAUGAAAAUUCUAAAUAUUUGUGGAAAUACAUUGUUAAUUUUCGCCACCGAAUUGAAGAUUUCGUACAUAAAUAAGCACAGUUAAACUUUUCCUGACCUUCCGCAAUUAAAAACACCAAACGUCAAACCCAUAAUUAUUUAGUUAGAGAUCCAACCAUAAUAAUUCGGAGCUGGAUCUCACACCAAUGAAGUCACUUAAAUGCCCAAAGUGCUGCAAAACGUUCAAUUUCAAGUCGGACCUUAUCAAGCAUCUCGUUACGCAUGACCUCAAUGCUAAAGUAAAAUGCAAGAUAUGCGGGAUAAUUUUGAAACAUCCAGUCGCCCUUUCUACUCACAUGCAAAGACUUCACACCAACCGGAAAUGGCCCAGUUGCGAGAUUUGCAACCGAGCUUUCCAUGACUCUGCCACUUUACGAAAACAUACUGAAGUCGUCCACAGCACGAGUGAACGGCCCCGUUUGCCAUGUGGAUUUCCCAACUGUGAGAAAACCUUUUUAGAUAAACGCUGUGUUUCGAGGCACAUAAAAACUGACCAUGUCGAGAAUCCGGUCCGAUUUUCGUGCAUACUUUGCGGCAAAGAAUUUAAAAACAGGGGUGAUCUUGGGCACCAUAUUCUCACCCACACGACCGAAAAGCCGUUUAAGUGUGCCAAUUGUGGGAGGAGUUUCUCCGAAAAGCAAAACUUGAAGCGUCACGAGAAAGUUCACUUGGAAAGGUCCACCCGAGUAAUGUCAAAGUGUCACAUCUGUACUCAUUGUCAGACCUUCUUAACUAGAAAUGGUCUACAAGGCCACAUCCGCAUUGUGCAUGAAAAUCGGAAGGAUUACCCAUGCACAUUUUGUGACAAGAGAUUCUCCUGUUCAACAAACUUGAAGGGUCACGUGAACAGGGCACACCCCUCGAACACGGAAAAGGUUCAUUCCUGCGACAAAUGCGAGUACAAAAGUCACUCGAAAGUCAAUUUAGACUACCACGUAACCAGAGCUGGGAAAUUAAUGAAUUUUCCCAGCUCUGCACGUAACACGCCACAAUGCCCGGACACAUGGAUGUUAUUUUUGUGCUAAGAAAUUUUUCACUUUUCAGGAAUUAGUAAAACACACGAGUUGCUUUCAUACCUUGGAAAAUUAGAAAAGAUUGGCUUUAAUAAUUAUGAAUAAUGUAUUAUAUUUUUUAAUAAUUUUAAGAUAGUCGUUGUCAUUUAAGUGAAUUACUUUGUAUAUUUCGAGAAUAAAGUCGACUGCCACUUUCUG